AUGCGUUCGGGCGAUUAUGUUGCGGCAACUAAUGUAACCGGCAAAGAAAAGGUAAUCCAGCUCCUCGAGUGCUGUGAUGAACAACUUCGCAAAGACCUGACAAGAAACGCGGGCGGUUCCCUCACCGACAAAACCGCAGAUGAGGUCAUGGCAGCCAUAAAAAAGCUUGCAGUACGGGAGGAGAACGCAAUGGUCGCCCGUGUGCAGCUACACAACAUGCGGCAAGACCGGGAUGAGACGAUCCGUAGUUUUGGUGCCCGCCUUCGCGGCCAAGCUGGUGUUUGCAAGUUUUUAGUCACUUGCCCUGGCUGCAACAUAGAGGUCAACUAUACGGAGAACGUCCUUCGCGAUGUCCUCACACGUGGCCUGGCUGACAGCGAAAUCCAAUUAGACCUGUUGGGGGAACGAAACCAAGACAUGAGCCUUGAGGAGGUGUUCCAAUUCAUUGAGGCAAAAGAGGCCGGCAAACGGUCAGCAGGCCGCCUGUCACAAAGCCACAGUACAGACGCCGCACAAAGUCAGUAUCGUCGUGCCAAAAAUGAUGAGGUCAAGCAACGUAAGGAUGGGGACGCGAACGAACUGUGCUCUUAUUGCAACAAGAGAGGGCAUGGCAAGAGCGCGCCGACCAGAAUCCGCCGUCAUGACUGCCCAGCUUAUGGCACCAUCUGCGACAAGUGUGGACGGCAGAACCACUUUGCCAGCGUUUGCCGCAGCAGGGGCAAAAGCAACAGGCCCCAACAGCCGCCGACACCCCAUUGGCAAGAGCAGAGAAACGGAAAGCGCAAUUUUUGACUCACUUUGCACCACAACUAGCCUCAGCAGGCCAAGCAAAGGAGUCAUCUCACUCGACCACCACCUCUACUGCCACCUAACUGAUCACUGGGUUCGACAGCCAUCCAAGCCUCAACCGUUCAUAAUGCUUACAGCGACAGCCCAUCCUGAAGACUACACAGCCCUUGGAUACAACCCACCCAAAUCACAGUUGGCAACAGCACAACUCUCUGCUAUGGCUGACACAGGCUGCCAGAGCUGCUUGGCUAGCAUAAAAGUCAUCCGUCGCCUGGGCCUCUGUGAGAGUGACCUGAUACCCGUCACUAUGAAAAUGCACGCUGUGAACAACAAAGGGAUCAGCAUCCUGGGCGCAGUCAUCUUAAGGUUCUCGGGCAGGUCUCCAUCCGGAAAAGCCCUGGAAAGCCGACAGAUCGUAUACGUGACAAGCGACUCAGACAAACUUUUCCUCAGCCGAGACAUGCAUGGCACUGGGCAUUAUCACUAA